UUGUUGGAAUGCUUGGUUUUCAUUUUCAAUAUAGCGAUUCCUUGCCUGGAAACAAUAUCCACUAGUCAUUGCAAGAGAUUGCAGGAAUACGAACACAGCAGUGGCUGCAGCAGCAAGCCAUAGAGUAGGAAAAAGCAUAUAUGAAUAGUACAUGGCCGGCGAUCACAUGGAUGAGGGUAGCUAUAUUUAGACAUUGCGGAGAAGACAUGAUUAGAUGCACGGAUCAUUGGAUUUGCCACGACCAUGCGCGUCAUAGGCACAAGCGAGAGCGAGCCCAUAGCCCAGCCUGGCUUUCUCUUUGUAAUCCUGUCUAUUGUCGUCUUUUUUUUUUUUCAUCUUCUACUCAGAUGCAGACCCGUAUUGCACUCGCGUCGUUCCUGCUGCUGCUGCCACACUCAGUGGUAAGCACCUCGGCACAGAUUCGUGGCCUGAACCCGGCUUUGGCCGAAAAAUAUGUGGCGAAUGCACGGGGCAAUUUCGAGUGCUUGGAUGGGUCCAAGGAGAUUCCGUUUGCGCGUGUCAAUGACGACUACUGCGAUUGCACUGACGGCUCAGACGAGCCGGGUACGUCGGCAUGUAAUAACGGCACGUUCUAUUGCCGCAACGAAGGGCACGAGCCGGCCAUUAUCGACUCUGCCAGAGUCAACGACGGCGUGUGCGAUCCGCAGUGCUGCGAUGGGUCGGAUGAAUGGGACUCGCAUGUGGUAUGUCCCAACACGUGUGAUACAGUGGGCCGCGCGCACCGGGAGUUGAGGGCCAGCCAGGAGAAAGAGCAGAAGGCAGGGCAGCAACGGCUGAGGCAGCUAGUGCGUGAGGCAUCGGGGCUGCGCAAAAUCAAGCGCGAAGAGCUUGCUCGCAAGCAAUCUAAACUAGCUGACGCCGAAGUCCAUCUUGCGGAGGCUGAGCAGCUGAAGGACAUGCUGGAAAAGCAGGAACAGGAGAUGCGGGCCAACCAGGACAGUGACCGCGCAAUGCGCAAGCAGGGUCUCUUUGACGAAUAUCUGCCAGAUCUGAUCGCGUACCGGCGGCACCUGGCCAUGGCCUUGCAUCGCAGCCGGUGGCAGCGCGAUUCGUUGAUUAUGCUUCUACGUGCAGUGCGCCGCGAGCACAACGCCGAGUUCAAUGACGAGGCGGUGAAUCUGGCUGUCAAGGAGUACACCGAGUUUGCCGACGCAUACCCGUACCUGGAAAAUGCGGCGGCAUCGGUGAUGGAGGAAGGCGAGGGAGCGCGGGCUGCACGUGAACAGGAGAUGGACCGCGACAGCGAAUUGCAAGACGACAAAAACUACGAAGCCUGCCGUGACGCAAUCAAUAUUGCUGAGAGCGAGCGCGAGACCAACAAGGCUGACAUCGACCUGCUCUACGGCAUCUUGGCCAAGCUGCGCGAUGACUAUAACAAAAACUACCAUGACUUGGCCGUCAAGGCCGCCGUCGUCGGCUUGGGAGAGUUCGAGCAGAUGCGUGAUGCUGAUAGCACAGUAAUUUCUAGCCAGUACGAGACUCUGGAGAUUGCUAAGGCCCAGGAGCGCGUCGCUGAGGCCAAGGCGCGGCUCGAGCUUAUACUUGACGAGACCACCGAAACUCCGGUGGAUUCCGAGCAGCCUGAUGUGGAUUUCCAGCAGCGGUUGGCCGAUGCACGCAGUGCGUACUAUACUGCGAGCUCGGAUAAGAGCCAGCUGGCAAAUGAUGUCAGCGUGCUUUCCGAGCUCCUGGGUAAGGACUUGGGCGAGCGCGAUAUGUACCUGCCGCUGAAGGACAAAUGUUACUCUUUGGAUGCUGGUGAGUACACGUACGAGGUAUGCUUGCUGGACCAGGCUACUCAGAUCAGCAACAAGGACAAUUCCCGCCAGCACCUGGGCUCUUUUGCUGAGUUCGCCAAGGACAGCGACGGAAUUACGCUGUAUACCACCCACAAGUACCUGAAUGGAAACAAGUGCUGGAACGGGCCCAACCGCUCGCUUAUUGCGACAUUUGAGUGUGCCGAGGAGAUCGAGAUAGUAAAGGUCACCGAGCCCGAAAAGUGCGAAUACCAUGCGCUUAUUACUGGCCCCUUCGCCUGCCCUAUGCCAGAGGAUGGUAUGGUAGAUGGGAAGGAUGACCCUUCUGGGAAGACACCUGUUCCUGCUGCGCCUCAGGAUGACGCUGUUUCUGUUUCACCCAUCCCCUAUGCUCACGACGAGCUCUAAAAGCUUUAUUUUCUUUUGUCCAUUCGUUUUUGCGACUAAUAGCAAAAGACAUAUCUAUCUUCAUCGUUUGACAUGCCGCAAAUGGGACAAAAUAU